GUAAUUUCCUCUCUCUAAUCACCGUCAGCCAACAUGUCGCUAACGAAAGGAGUCUACAAUUUGCUCUUCAGGAGAACAUCUACUUUUGCCAUUACCAUCAUGUUCGGAGCAGUGUUUUUUGAACGAAUAUUUGACCAAGGAGGAGAUGCCAUAUUCGAGCAAUUGAAUCGGGGGAAACUCUGGAAACACAUUAAAUACCAAAACGAGGAGGAAUAGAGAAGUUUCGGCAGAAAGGAAGCAAACGCCACACUUCAAUUUCCAUCCCUGAGUCGGUCUACUUGAACCAUCACCUGCAUUGACCUGUCACAGCGAGCAAUCAGCCUCGCAAUCAGAAACUCCAUGGCAUGGGAGUUUAAAAAAGACUGGUCAAAACAUGGAAGUGUUUCAACUUGACCUUGCAUACUGYGAUCUCCUCUCCCUCACCAUUUGUAAAUGUACUGAUACUUUAAAACUGUUAAUAAAUUCAACGUAAACAUGU